AUGACGUUGGCCGUGCUCAAGCACUACAACUCCUGGGAAAAGCUCGCCAUGAAGAUGCCCAGUAUGUCCGAGUUGCGCGCAAACAACGGUUGCUUUGUCAACUAUCCGUACGCUCUCUAUGCCACGGAUGUCAAGUUCCAGUCUUCUGAGCGUCCGGCUGGUCGACUUGGUGAAGCAAAGCCAUACUUCAGCGCGAAGCACAAGAUGUAUGGUCUAAAGAUUGAAGCAUCUGUGUCUCCUCAAGGACUACUGGUAGAGAUGAGCGAGGCACACCGUGGAGACGUAGCCGAUUUGACGAUCAUGCGAUCAUGCAUGGAGCAGCACCAACAAGUGCUCAAGAAGACGGAUCAAGAGCCCAACAUCCAUGAUCAUGGCGAGCAAGUGGAUUCUCAUCCAUCGAUGUGGGCUGCCCUUGUUGACAAGGGGUACUACAGAGCCAUGGCUGACAUCUUCACCCGAAGAAAAACCCGCCUCGUGGAAUGCUCGACGCUAAAGACGUUGUGCGAAACCGCCAAGUGUCAUCGGACCGAGUGA